AUGAGCAUACAGUCACGUUCGGGCCCGUUGCGGCCAACCGGGUGGGCUUUAGGCGGUAUACCUAAGAAGAAUGUUGACAUCCCCGUCACCGUAGUCUUCCUCUUCUUAUACAUCAUCGGCGCAGCGACACAUAUGACAAUCUUCCAAUACAACAAACGUAGAGGACACAAGUUCCUGUUCAACGGCGCGUUAUUUGGCUUCUGCAUGACCCGUAUAACAACUUGCACCAUCCGUAUUGCCUCAAUCUCCCUCCCCGCCAACAUCCACCUUGCUAUCGCCGCCCAAAUCUUCGUUGCAGCCGGGAUUCUCCUCAUCUUUGUCAUAAAUCUCCUCUGGUCACAGCGCAUCCUCCGCGCCUACCACCCCCUCGGCUGGCACCCCUUUAUCGGCUACAUGUUAACGGCCAUCUAUGUCGUUAUCGUCCUUACCCUCGUUAUGCUCAUCACGUCUAUUGUACAGUCUUUCUAUACGCUCCACCCGCGCACCCACCAGAUUGACCGCGACAUUCAGCUGUACGGCUCGACGUUCUUCGCGAUCAUCAGCUUCCUCCCUAUCCCGCUCGUUGCAAUCGCACUCAUCCUAGGCAAGGCAUCCUCAGGCCGCAAAGUAGAAAAGUUCGGCCAGGGACGACACAGGACGAAGAUUGCCGUGCUACUCCUUGGUGCAACGCUCUGCUGCCUCGGGGCAUCGUACCGCGCAGGAACAUUGUGGUUGCAUCCUGUAUCUAUGCACGAGCCUGAGCCGGCAAGGUUUUAUAGGGGUUGGUUCUACUUCAUGAACUUUGGGCUUGAGAUCCUGAUCAUAUACAUGUAUGCCAUCAUGCGCGUGGAUCUAAGGUUUUGGAUCCCGGAUGGGGCAAAGGGUCCGGGGAGCUAUAGGAUGAAGCAUGAGUGGGAGGAGGAGCAUGCUCGGACGAGGCUGUCGGAUAAGGAGAGCUUGAGGGAGACGGAGAGGAAGAAGAACAAGCAACGUGGUGCACAAGCGAAUCGGUUGCCCAAACAAAUCGGUCGCGCCCCACUAGCGCGUUAA